UGUGGGAUGUGGCGGGCACUGCCCCGGCUCUCCCUUCGGCUCCUUAGGGCUGAGCAGCUGCAUGUGGUGCUGGUCACCCCCAGUCACCCCUCAGGGGAGGUCUGGGGGCCCCUGAUCCGACACCGGGGAUUGGCUGCAGAGACCUUUAGUGCCAUCCUGACUUUAGAGGGCCCACCCCAAGCCAAUACUGGGGGGAUCGCCCUGCUCACCCUGAGCGACACAGAGGACUCCCUGCACUUCCUCCUGCUUUCCCAGGGGCUGCUGGAUUCUAGGAGUGAUGGCUCUUUCCACACUGCCCUUCGGCUGCAGAUUCGACACCAGGACCAGCUCCUCAGAGAGCUCCAGGCCAACGUCUCUGCCCAUGAGCCCGGCUUUGCUGAGGUAUUGCCUGACCUGAUGGCUCAGGAGCUGCAAUGGCUGGCUUUGGGAGAGCUUGAGAUAUCCUUGGAGAGGAAGGAGGGUCCCGGGCCCCGGAUCAGCGGGUACAUCACUGCCAGGCAGAGCUGCGACACCCUGCAGAGCGUCCUGUGUGGUGCAGAUGCCCUGGUGCCAGUGGAGACUGGGGCUGCUGGCUCUGCCAGCCUCAGGCUUCUAGGGAAUGGCUCUCUGCUCUACCAGGUGCAGGUAGUUGGCACAGCCAGUGAGGUCACGGGCGUGACCCUGGAGACCAAGCCUCGGAGGAGAAACCAGCGCAGCGUCCUGUGUCAGAUGACCAGGGGCCAACAAGGAGGGCGUAUGGUUGUGGGGCUGUGUCCAGGUCUAGGUGCCCGGGGGGUCCACAUGCUCCUCCAGAACGAGCUCUUUCUGAAUGUGGCCACCAAGGACUUCCCUGAGGGAGAGCUACGUGGCCAUGUGGCCACCGUGCCCUACAGUGGGUACAGUGCCCGGCAAGAUGUGCUUCCUGUGCCCUUGGCAGGGGCUUUGGUCCUGCCCCCCAUUCGAAGCCAGGCAGCAGGGCAUGCCUGGCUUUUCCUGGACGGGCACUGCCACUUGCACUAUGAGGUCCUGCUGGCCGGGCUCAGUGGUUCUGAGCAGGGCACUGUCACUGUCCACCUCACUGGCCCCCCCGGCCUCCCAGGGCCCCAGCGCCUGCUGAAGGGGUUCUAUGGUCCCGAGGCCCAGGGGAUUGUGAAAGACCUAGAGUCUGAGUUACUGCACCAGCUGUCCCAAGGCAUGGCCUUCCUGCUGGUCAGCACCAAGAGCAGCCCCCGAGGGGAGCUACGGGGCCAGGUGCACAUCCCCAACCAGUGCGAGGUGGGCAGCCUUCGGUUGGCAGCGCCCUUGUCUGAAAGGUUGAACCCUGACCUGACGGCGGCCGCAGCGCCCCUGGGAAUCCUGAACCCUGAAGCGCCCGAGACAGCAGUGUCUGUGGGCCCAGCGGUGCCUCAGGCCAUACCUGACGCCUCUGUGCCAGCAGGCUCUAAAAUGAGUGGGGGCGGACACCUCCGAGAUGCCAACACUUGUUUCUUUGAGGGGCAGCAGCGCCCCCACGGUGCCCGCUGGGCGCCCAACUACGACCCCGUCUGUUCUCUCUGCACCUGCCAGAGACGAACAGUGAUCUGCGACCCUGUGGUGUGCCCGCCCCUGAGCUGCCCUCACCCUGUGCAGGCUCCGGAGCAGUGCUGCCCCGUUUGUCCCAAAAAAUUGGAAAUUGGAGACAGGCAGAGCUUGGAUCGCAGCCGGGACCCGGGAGAAG